CCAGGCGCGCGCACACAUUCAAGGCUACCCGCGGGCGCAGAGACGACUGGCUGGGUCGCGGCAACCUGCGCCACUCUCCCCCUCCCUCCGCCAUCGCCUUGCUUGGUUUCCAUCCUCCUACACUGCCGCAUCACCUGUAGCACCCUCGCACGCCCGCGCGCCCCCUACCCUCCGCCCUUGCCCCCCUCCCCUGGCUGCCGAACCAAGCCUCCCCGCACCCCCGGGCCGUGCCGCCGGCGCGCUGGCCGCAGCCACUUGGAGUAGAGGAGAGAGAGAGAACGAGAGAAAGCUCUUGAGGAUGCAGCAUCACUCCUCCGUCCACGGGCAUCACCCCCACCAUCCGCCGCAAGCUUCGCAGAGGCACGGCGGACCGCCGCCGCUGUCGCACCACCACCACCAACACCAGCACCACCACCCGUCAGGGCCGAUGCACCCCGGUGGCGGGCCCGGUGGACCGCCGCCGCCGCCACUGCCACCGCCGCCCUCGCCCCACCCCCACCACCAUCACCACCACCACCACCAGCAGCAGCAGCAGCAGCACCACCAGUCGGGACAAAUGAACCAUCGGCAUGGGGGUCCGCCGAAUGGCCCGCAGGGCCGGCACUUUGGCGACCACGCGUCCCCCCCCUUUCACCCGCCAUCGGCGCAUGGGCACCCCUCCCCACCGCGGGAUGAGGCCUUUUAUCGGCCGCACUCGCAUGGGCCCCCGCAUGGGCAUCCGCACUCGCAUGGGCCCCCGCAUGGUCACCCGCACCACCAACACCACUUCUCGCACGGAGGCGACCGCCCUCACGGGGGCGACCACCCGCGCGGUGGAGACCACCCUCGCGGGGGGGAGCACCCGCAUGGGGGCGACCCUCCGCAUGGAGGCGACCAUUUGCACCAUUCACGCCAUCACCCGCCACCUCAGCAACCGCAGCAGCAACAACAGCAGCAGCAGCAGCCGCAGCAGCACCACCAUCACUACUCAACCCCUCGCCACCCGCAGCAGCAACAGCACCCGCAGCAGCAGCAGCAGCAGCAGCAGCAGCAACAGCACCACCACCACCAUCAUCACCAUCAGGCGCCACCACACCACGGCCACCAUGGCAUCGAAUUGCCGCCCCCUUCGGACCAUCCACGGCCGGACGACCGGUAUGCUGACCGGCAUGGGCCCCCGUUCGCGGGGGAGCCUGGACCUGGGCCCGUGCAUGAUGCCGGUCCACCCCCGGUGGAGGCCCUCCCGCCUGGUGCCCCGGAAUCGGAUGCCUCCUCGACUGUCCUGCAGCAGCAGGCUUUCUUGCAGAAUCCGGAAAUCGCGCACCUGCAGAAUUGCAUCUUCAUGCGCUACGCCCUUGGGAUGCUUCGGCUGCCCGCCUCAACCAUCCUGACCUCGGCCCGAGUGUACCAUGGCUUCUUCGCGCACUUUUCCAUCUACCACCACAAUCCGGCGGAUGUGGUUCUCGUGUCGCUGCUGAUUGGCAGCAAGAUCGAAGACUCCAUCCGCAAACUGCCCAAGAUCCUGGAGGUCGAAUAUCAAGCCGUUCGGCGGGACCACAUUGCCCAGGAGGAGGCCGCCGGGAUGGGGUCCAAUGCCAGCCGGCACUCGGGCUUCGUGCUGGACCACCAGCGGGUUCGACAGCUUGUGCGCCUCGAGCGCUUGGUCCUGUCGACCAUCGGCUUUGAUCUGGGCGCGGCGGAUGCCAAUCACACGGUUCUUCUUGUCCGGCUGGCCAAACAAAGCGGCAUGAGUCGCAAUCGCACCUUCGUGGCCUUCCAGCUGCUGCUGGACGCGGUGUUCUCGGCGGCCGCCUUCGCGUGCACCCCCUUGACUUUGGUGACCGCGUGUUUGUACUUGGCGACAUUGGUUCCGGGCGAGGCGCUCGGAGCCAUCCAGCUGCGGCCGGAGGCUGCCGGCGUUCCCCCGAGCUCGGUCGAUCGGCCGGAUGACCUGUGGCGCCUGCUGCUGACGAAUGCCCAGCUGCGCGAGGUGGAGCUGGUGGCGGUGGAGCUCUUCCGCCUGGGGCAGCAGUGCUUGUCCUUGGGACACCAAAUGCCCGGGCUCAAUUGGCUGAAUGCCGUGGUCUUCAAGCCGCAAAUCAUCUCCUGUGACCGGCCGUUUGUCGGGCUCCAGCCUCCCGCCGGGGGGGAGGACGCCCAGGCUGGAGGCCGGGCGCCGGAUCAGUCGCCAACGGCCACCUUGUCCCAACGGGGGCACUCGCACUCGGGCGAGGGCCCGGAUGAGGGCGGGUCUCCGGCUUCCUCCGCGUCGUCCGCCCGCCGGGGGGGCUCUCCGUCAUCAGCGACCCGGUCCCAGCAUGAUGCACCCUAUGAUGGCCCGGGUGGUGGCGGUGGUCGUUAUUCCUCCUCCUCCUCCUCCUCCUCCUCCUCUUCCCACUCGUCCAUGGACCGGAGUGGGGCCGGUCGGGGGGAGGGACGUCGGCGGCGUUCGCCCAGCCCGGGCCCCGGGGGGGACUUCCGGGGGUCCGGCCUCCGGCCGCUACCACCCGGCGGCCCGAUCGAGCCGCAUCACCACCAUACCCAUCGUCGGCAUUUGGACGAUCGGCCGCUGGAUCCCGGCGGCGUGGGUGAGCCUCACCAUUCGAGCGGACCACUCGGUGGCCGUGGGGGCGACAUGCGCGGCCGCGGCCGGUCCGACCGGCGUAGUCGCAGCCGGUCGACCGACUCGCGCGGGCACUCGCCCCCAGGGGCUCCCUAUCACUUGCCAGAGGGCGACCGGCUGCGCGGCCGUGGCCGAGAUCGCGACCGCGACCGUGAGCGCGACCGCGACUUCUACCAUGAUCGCGAGCGCGAUCGGUAUGACGAUCGUGGUCGGCGCGACCGGGUGGACAUCGGCGGCCGCGGUGGGUCCUUCUCGGACUCCGACCAUGACCGGCUGCGUGGACGUGACCGAGAUGGCCGCGACCGGGAUCGCGACCGAGACGGCCGUGACCGGGAUCGUGACCGAGACGGCCGUGACCGGGAUCGUGACCGGGGCCGCGGCCGCGACCGAGACCGUGAUCGUGACCGCGACCGCGACCAUGGUGGCUACCGGGAUCGCGACCGGGAUCGCGACCGGGAUCGCGACCAUGGCCGGAGCCGGAGCCGCGCGCCUGGACCGGAUGACCUGCGCGGCCGCCGGCGACGGUCGCCAUCGCGCGAGCUGCUCGAUCGCGCUCCCCGAGGACCGCGGUCUCCCUCGCCCCCGCCGCUGGCCUGGGACCAGUCGCGCUCGCGGUCGCGGUCACCGCGCCGGCGCCCUGACAUUGACAAUGACCCGACAUCCGAACGUGGGGCCGACGGUCUGGAUGAUGUGUCGGCCGCGCUGCAUAUGGUGCCACGCCCGCAGCUGCUCAGCUCUGUCGGCGCGACGUCCGGCGCACGGGGCAAGCUUCCCUCCGGGCUCAGUCGUACUGGUGGCGGCGGCGGCGGCGGCGGCGGCGGCGGCGGCGGUGGUGGCGGCCGGCGAGGCGGUGGCCGGGAUGGCCGCUCGCGCGGGGGCCGAGGGCGCUCGCGUUCGCGGUCCCGCUCACCGAGUCCCUCCGGCGGCCGGCGGCCGUAUGGCAAUGGCCCGUCCCGGGGCCGGCGCUUUGGUCGGUCUCGCUCGCGCAGCCCACUCGGCGGCCACCCCUAGAGGGCCGUCUUCCUUGUGUGUCCCGGCAUCUGCGGUGCGCGCCCAUGCGCGCCACGCAUCAUGCUCGUCGUGUGUGGAGGCGUGUCUCCUCUGCUUUCUUCCUCCCUCCUUCCUUCCUCACACUGGCGGCCUUCUCUCUCUCUCUCUCUCCUUAUCUCUGCAUGUCUCCCUUGCUCUCCCGCUUCUUGCGUGCGAAAUACAUGUUAUUUUAUUCACCCACACACACACACA